AUGUUUCCACAGCGCAUGCCCGUUGGCCGGCCCAGCGCGGACGCGCCCGUCUCCGUCGUCGGCUCCGAGUUCUCAGACCUCUACAACCGCCAUCUAUCCACUGAGGGUCUCCCUCCCCCACCGGGGCUCGGCGCACUCGCAGCGUACCCCAUCAGCCCGCUGGCGUCGCUGGCGUCGCUCGUGUCCCGCCCCCUCCCGCCUCUUCCGGACGCGCCUCUUCCCCCAAUCCAGAAUGACAGUGAGAGCGAGCACACGUUAACGCCCGACUCUCCAUUAGGCUCGCCCACUCCUACGCCCUCACCCACUCCGCGUCCCCCCUCCCCAACGCCCCUCUCAACCCACUCCCUCUCUUACGCAAGUCACAGCGCCUGUUCUGUGGACCCAACCACGCCAACUUCGCUGGUAAUGUCACGCUCGACCCAACCCUCACUCCCGGCCCAGCUUUCGAUGGCCAUCUCGCGACCAACCCUCACCCGUUCCCUCCCGUCUGAUAGUUAUGAGCGAUACACUCGCCCGCGUGACGCUCCCCCUCAUCCAACUACCCGCCCCUUCAGCUGGGGACUCGGCGACGUCGACCUCCUCCCCACCAUCUCGCCGCGGCGCGCUCCAUCUCCCACAUCUUCAAUUGUGACGGAGGAACUAUCGAAAAUCUCCCGCCCAGUGUCCGCUUGGCUGGGAUGGUCGCAGCGGCGUACAUCCAACCUCUCUCGCGGAUGGAGCCUCACACCUAAGAAGAAGACGUUCCAGAACCCAGUCUCGCCUCAUCAAGUCCAGUUUCACCCACCGCGUACCUUCUCAAGCCCUCCCAGCCCAUCCCCAUUCCGACACACCCCAGCCCCGUUCCUCGUGCCAAUAGACUCUACUCCAUCGUCCCGCUCGUCCCCCUCUUUUUCAGGCCAUAUCGCGGCCACCACCAACCACUCGAGCGUGACAGAAUCGGACGGCCGCGUCGCUGCCUGGCUUGGCGCCGCCCGCAGGGCAAGCGACGACAUGCACGAACGAGCCAAGCCUCCAAUCUACGCCGUUCUCCGCGACGACGACGGAUCGGAACGUACCCUCGGCCCAUGGCCUCUCCCACCGCGCCGCCUGCCCAUUCCUCUGCCUACCCUGCCGCCUCUCAUCCCGACACCGCCACCGCCCUCCCCAAUCAGGGUAUACCACUACCCCGCCGUCGCGGGCUGGUCGGCGCACCAUCUUCCGCUGGCUCACAGCCCGUUCGAGGAUCCCAUCCUCUGGAAGGAGGAGAGGAAGGGCAUAUUCGACGCGAUGUGGGGCGUUUGUGUCGCGGCACUGGCGUACCUCCUCGCCCUCAUUCGACGCCAGGAAGGCGGCUCGGCGUCUAUCCACACGGAAGCUCUUCCAUCGCACGGAACGUCGGCAGAGUUGAUCCGCCGAAACGUUGAAUUUUGA